AUAUAUAGUUUUACUUUACAUUUUUGUAUAUUCUUUCCAUGUAUGUAUCUUUCCUUGAAUGUAAUCGGGCUUGGCCCAACGUAGCCUAGUUAACUUACUUGUAUUUAUACGACGUGAAUACUCAAUGGAAAGGGCAUUCAACGUUUUACAAAUUUCUACAUGGUAUCGGAGCAGGUCCGGUCCGGGUUCGAUUGUUCCUGGUUGUUUGGAUGUGGGUUUAGCAAAAAUGAGCUACCCAUCUGUGGUUUGGGCUGAGUUGGCUAAAAAGAGAUUGAGAUGCCACUGCCUGUUGUGUGGGCUAGCUAUAAGAGAUUGAGAUGCUAGACCCGUUUGUCUAAGUGCUAACUAGGCCAGGCUAGUUACCACUUGCGGGGGAGUGUUGGAGUUCCCACAUCGGAAAAUAAAGAUGAGUAUCACUUGCAUAUAUUGAAGGAUGAAGCCCUACCUAUCAGCUUAAGCUUUUGGGUUAGAAUUGUGGAUCCCGACUUUAUAUGCAAGUGGUUAAUUUUACCCGACACUCUAUCCGUUGUUCUCGGCCCGCCGGAAUUUCUACAUGGUAUCGGAGCCAAUUUUCCUGGAUUCGUUUAAACCCUAAGCUCGGUUUUUCCUUCGUGCCGUCGCCGGCACUGCUUCGACCAGCUCACGACGGUCACUGAUCGGCUCACGUCGAUCUCCACCACGACACCGACUCACGUCGGACACAUCACCGGUGCCUCACGUCACCAUGGCAGCCGAAACACCAAAGAAGGUACGGCUCAUCCACGAUCCAACGUCACCCUAUUACAUUCAUCCGUCGGAAAGCGCGGGUAAUUCUCUGACAAAACAUCUCCUUAAGGGUGAUAAUUAUGAUGUUUGGGAGAAAACUAUUGUGAACGCUCUGGAGGGGCGAAGUCGUACAGGGUUUUUGAUUCCUUCCGGGUUUCCAAAGCCUACUGAUGAACAGGAACUUGCGGCAUGGAAAGCCAAUAAUUCCAUCAUCUGUUCUUGGAUAUGUAACAGCGUUGAUGAACAUAUUCAACCGUCAAUUAUUUCUCAUAAGGUUGCUCAUGAAUUGUGGUUGGAUUUGAAGACUCGGUAUGGGGGAUCCAAUGGUCCUCGUGUGCAUCCAUUAAAAUCCGAGUUCCAAUCUCUGCGUCAAAAAGGUCAAACUGUGGUUGGUUAUUAUAACCAGUUUGUGACUUUGUGGAACAAAUUAUAUGGUUCUGUUGAUCCCACCUGCGGUUGUCGCUGUGAAGCCGCGGCCUUGAUCCGUGCUCGGGAAGAGCAGGAGAAAACUCAUCAUUUUUUACUUAGUCUAGAUGAUGAACAGUUUGGUCACAUCCGUUCUCAGAUCAUAGCUACCGAACCUGUUCCGGAUAUACACCGGGCGUAUGCUUUGAUUGUCCAAGAAGAACGGCACAAGAGUAUCGUCCGUGGUCGGGAUGACCGCACGGACGCGGUGGCCUUUGCCAUGCAGCGCCCCACACUUCCCGCGGGUCGUGGUGAUCCGCCUCAUUAUUCGUGUACUCACUGCGGGAAGGACGGGCAUUCGGUGGAUAGAUGUUAUGAAAUACAUGGGUACCCUCGGGGAAGGGCCGGGGUCGUGGCAGCACACCCAGCCGAGGAGGACGGAGUGGCGGCCGUGGCACUACCGGCGGCAAUGGAGCUCCUGGCCGUGGGUCUGGCACGGCGACAGGGGGAGCACACUCGGCGACGAAUUCCAACACCCUCGGCCUCACACCCGAUCAAAUGACGCGCCUGCUUUCAAUGCUUGAUACUUCUUCAUCUGAAAAGGUUUCUGGCCCUAGCGGGGAUUCUUCUUCUCGUGAGUGGCAUAUUGAUAGCGGCGCUUCUAAUCACAUGACCGGUAAUAUCUCAUAUUUGUCUAAUGUGGUUUCUAUGAGCCCUUGCUCAUCAUGCUACCCAAUGGUACGCGCACUACUGCCACUCGAUGUGGCCACGUGCGACUCUCGGCCGAGGUGGUUCUUCGGGACGUUUUGCUCGUUCCUCAUUUACAGUGCAAUCUUAUUUCUGUUGGGUGUCUUAUUCGGGAUGCAUCCUGUUUUGUAAUUUUUAACGACAAUUGUUGUGUGAUACAGGAUUGUGCAACGAAGAUGGAGAUUGGACGGGGUGAUGCAUGCAACAGAAUCUUCCUGUUUCGUCCUUCUUCUACCGCGGCUGUGACCCAAGUGGACCCCAUUCUUCUUCACAAACGCUUGGGUCACCCGUCUACUCAAGUUUUGUCGUCUCUUAUUCCUUCUCCUAGUAGUAAUAAAAUUAAACUGUUGCA